AUGGCGCUGAUGGAAGUUUCACAGCAGCAGAAGGCACUGCAGGACCUGGCCCAGCAUGCUGCCGAGCUGGCAAGAAGAGGAGGCUGGAAAACCAGCUCCCUUCUGCUGCUGCAGUUCUGGCUGCUGCUGCCGCGACUGCCGGCAGGAGGCGCCCUCGAGCUGCCCCGCCACGACCUCCACGUGUUGCGGGUACCCCCGGGCCCGCCGGACCUCAGAGUGCGGGAGCUGCGGAAGCGCUAUGAAAACCUGCAGAGGCAACUCUGGGAGAACCAGACCCGGGACGCCUUGAACCCCGACGCGAUCCCCGACGUCCAGGUCCGGCUCCUCAGCUCAAAGCCGCGACUCGGACCCGACAGCCACCUGUACCAGCGGAUCCCCCGGAGCGCCCUUACCGAGGGGGUUCCCGCCAGCUCCCGCCUGCAUCUGGCCCUGCUCCGACUGGCCCCGACGGCGCCCACCUCGUGGGACGUGACGCGGCUACUGCGGCAGCAGCUCGGAUCCGGAGCCCCUGGACGGUCCGUCCUGCACCUGCGACUGCCGCCACCGUCGUCGGACCGCUGGCGGCGGGGCGCGCAACGUUCCGUACGGCCCCAGCUGGAGCUGCACUGGCGGCCGGCGGCUAGCAGGGGGCGGCGAAGCACGCAGGAACUGGGCGAGGACCGCUGCCCGCUGGGGGCGGGGCGCUGCUGCCGCCUGGUGAGCCUGCGCGCGUCGCUGCAGGACCUGGGCUGGGCCGACUGGGUGGUCGCGCCGCAGGAGCUGGACGUGCGCAUGUGCAUCGGCGCCUGCCCCACCCAGUUCCGCUCGGCCAAGGCGCACACGCAGAUGCAGGCGCGUUUGCACCGCCUGCGCCCCGACUCCGUGCCAGAGCCUUGCUGUGUCCCCUCCAAAUACGAUCCCGUGGUGCUCAUGCACCGGGACAACCUUGGCCACAUCGCUCUCACACCCUUCGACGACCUCGUGGCCGCUGACUGCCACUGCGCAUGAGCAACGGGUGCACCCUCUGCCUCCCCGACCGUCAGUUGGGCAAGUGGGGGUGCC